AUGGCCGAAAUCGAACGCACCACGCGUUGGCGCCACCACGUCACCACGUCAUCACGUCACCACGUCAGGCGCACGUCAUCACGUCAACACGUUAGGCGCCACCACGUCAUCACGUCACCACCAGGCCGACUCCUCCGGCUUCAUGCGGCCGGCCGACACGAUGCGUCUGCGGGGGAAGCGCCGCCGCAGCACCGGAGCCUCCUGCAGCCGCAGCGGGCCGGGGCAGAGCCGCAGCGGGCCGGGGCGCCGGCCGGAGCACGGCCCUUCUCCCCCGGCCCGCUGCUCCACAGCCCCCUGCGCUGCUCCACAGCGGCAGGAGGCUCCAAGCGACGGAACCCGUUCGCCAGCAUAGAGAACACCUACGGGCCCAAGAAGAGACGGCUCCUUACACCGUCAGACUGCAAGGAGGAGGAGGAGGAGGAGCAGGAGGAGGAGGAGGAGGAGGAGGAGGCAGGGACACCAGGAGGCUUCCCCUUCAGGGCCAGGCUGGACGAGGCAGAGAAGCAGGAGCACCAGACCUCCAACAAGAAGUGUCUCACCUUCUCUGAAGAUGACUCCCUCUUUGAAGAAGAAGAAGAGGAGGAAGAUGGGAAAAGUCCACUUCUGAAGAGUCCCCAGGCCAUCGCUCCGGCCUCCAUCGCUCCUCCCGUCUGCACAGAGUAUCCGUCAGACUGGAGCCUGAAGACCCGCCUCCUCUUCACCUCCCCGCUCACCCUGUCGUGGGCCGAGCACCCCAAAGCCCAGGAGGAGGCGUCGGGGCUCAGUCACCACUGCAGAGCUCAGUUCAGCGCUCUGCCACACAGUCUGCAGGAUCCCAGGUCCUGCUCUGAGCUGCGGUGUGCCUUCCAGCAGAGUCUGGUGUACUGGCAGCACCCCUCCCUGCCCUGGAUCCCUCUGUUCCCCCGGAUCAACGCCGAGAGGAGCUUCGCGGGGAAGAACACCCCGUGGGCCCAAGACCGGGCCCUGCAGCAGAGCCUCAUGAGUGAAUGGUCGGUCAGUCUGUCGUCUCUCUACGGUCUGCUGAAGGCCAGACUGUGUCCUUACUUCUACCUCUGCUCCUAUCAGUUCACCGUGAUGUUCAGGGCAGCAGGUCUUGGGGGCUCGAGCAGCAUCACUGCCUUAAUCUCUCCUACCACCAGGGGUCUCAGAGAGGCCAUGAAGGCUGAAGGUAUAGAGUUCAGUCUCCCUCUAGUGGAGGAGACGAGGAAGAGCAGGGAGCCACAGAGCCUGACUGAGCAGCAGGGAGAGGAGGAAGAGCUGGAGUGUUGUGAGCUGAAAGAGUGCGAGGAGGGUCAGACGGGGGAAGGAGGAGGAGGCGGCGAUGGUUGCCACGACGAUGCAGACGGCAGCUUCUCCUGGCUGAAGGAGAUGGGAAUCCAGGACAAAAUCAAGAAGCCCGACAGCAUCACCAUGCAACUUCGCAAGGAGGGUUCGGCCGUGUCCCUGGACCACAAGCCGGAGUCCGUGGUGUGCGUGGAGGGGCCGCACACCUUCACCCUCAUCAACUUCCUCAUCAACUGCAAGAGCGUGGUGGCCGCGGCGGGUUCCCAGGCCGGGCUGCCCCCGACGCUCCUGGCCCCCGGCGCGUUCAGAGGAGCUACCAUGCAAACGCUGAAGGCCCGCAGUGUGAAUGUGAAGAGCCAGGUUGGUUCCAGCUUCCAGAACAUCAGCAGUCUGGAGAUCACAGGACCCAUCCUCCCCUCCACCCUCCACAACAUCACGUCCCUCCUUCGGCCCGCACAGAAAGGGAACUUCUCAGCUGCUCUGUACACACACACGCCUACCGCCGUCAUGAACACGCACGCCGCCAAGCAGCAGUGUACCGGUGGUUCAGUGGACCUGUCGGGUUGUGGUCUCCACCCUGCCUCCGUCCAGCAGCUUCAGCAGCCCUCCAGCCUGGGCAAGACCGCUCUGACCCACAUCAACAUGAGCAACUACAGCUACAUGUGGAAGAACUGACGGAGGGCUCUCUGAACAACUACACGUUCUGUUCUGCUCCACGGUAGAGCUGCACUACUACUGUGGUGGCAACAUGUUUCAUGUUUUUUUAAAAGUACUUAUACAAACAUGAUUUAUUGCGUUGCCCAGUAUUUUUUUAAUACCUCUAUUUUCAAGCUGUGCUCUUG